CGCCGCCGUCAAUCCCAAUCGCACCCGCCCCUGCCCCGCCACCGGUCGCCUGCGCCCGCAUAUCGCCGCCGUCAAUCCCAACCCCGCCCGUGCCUGUCCAGAUGCCCGACUUCAGACCUCACAUUGCAUGCUCACGGGUGGCACCGCGGAUGCGCGAACUCGAGCGGGAUGUCGUGUGUGAGGUCCCACCGCGGCGCGAGUCCUCGCCCGACUCGAUCGACUCUCUCUAUUCACCGCGGGAUUUGAUAGAUGACAUUCAGUGUGCGCGGGUCGAGCCGAACUUUGACUACUCUAGCGACAGCGAGUUGAUUGCUGCACCGAGCCAGCCGUCGUGGUGGGACGAUACGAUCAAGGAGCCGUCGCCAGCCUGCCUGGGCCUCCCGGGCUCAUCGGUUCCCUCGCUCGCUAAGCUCUGCAUCAAGACGAUGCUUGACGAAGGUGUGUACUUUCGCGACGAGCCGCAGGUGGUGGCCCAGGUUGAGGCCGAGAUGCGGUCAUUCCCGUUCCUCAACCUCAAGGACCCGCGGCCGGCCGACGAGUGGCCAGCAGCGACGCUGGAAGCUCUGAGGCAGCCGUUGGAGAGCGACGCGUGCGUGCCGGCCAUCAACGUUGCAGUGGACCUGGAGGACACUGCCGGUCGCAUCUACGACCUCGUCACUAUGGUCGAUAGCUGCGAGCAACUCGCUGAUCGAGCCAACAUCCCGCACGCCUUUGAGCGGUACGCGCGCUAUCUCGACCUUGUCCGCGCUCACCCUGAGGUCCAGCUUGUGCCUGCGCUCGACAUUCUCGCAGUCUGGUACGCGCAUCUCAUCCGAACCGGGCAGUACAAGACGUUCUGCCUCUCGCGCUACCCAAACGUGGGCGAGCGGCGCCGGCUCGUCGACCGCACUGGACCGCUCAUCGUCCUGGACACGUACGGCAAGCUCCUCACCAACGACGACGACCACCAAGUCGCUGAGGCGCUCGCUGUGACUGGAAGGCUCUGGAUGGAGGCAUACGGUGAGCCGUACCAGGUCAACCUCGCCGAGGUAUACCCGGCCACGCCACAGCUCUCGCUCACGCCGCCGGUGCAGCUCAGCAUGUCUGUCGACGAUUUCCUCCACGACCGCGACUGGCUCACCGAUCUGCACAGCAUGAUCAGCGCGGAGCAGCGCGAGCUCCUUGCCUUGCACUCGACGCCGUACCUACGCUCCCUCAUCCGGUCGUACGAGCGGUUCCUCUACCUCAACGCUAAGCAUUCGACCGGCUACCUCUCUGUUGCGCUCGACGUCGACCUCAUCUGGCACGCGCACCAGAUCUACCCCGCCAACUACGAGAUGGACUGCCUCCGCAUGUUUGGCCAGCCAGUUCCGCACAUUCCGUGGCCAGAGCACACGCCCGAGGAGGACGCGGCCAACACUGCCCAUCUCGAGUCGGUCUGGGCCGAGACCUUUGGCCUCGACUUUGGUGCGCGGCCGACGCUGUCCUGAUCCGGAAAG